GCGUGGCUCGACUUGAGCUGCCGCUCCGACCAGCUACAACUUCUCCGCUGCCUCGUCGUCAAUGUGACGCAAGACCAAAACACCAGCCGCAGCAAUAGCAGCGCACCCGGCUCGGGAAUGGCUCUGGAACGGGGCAAGUACGACUUCUACAUCGGCCUAGCUUUGGCCGUCAGCUCCAGCGUCUUUAUCGGAGGCAGCUUCAUCCUCAAGAAGAAGGGGCUGCUGCGUUUGGCUAGGAAGGGAUCCAUGCGAGCGGGCCAGGGCGGUCAUGCGUAUCUGAAGGAGUGGCUUUGGUGGGCUGGUUUACUCUCAAUGGGUGCGGGUGAGGCCGCCAACUUUGCAGCGUACGCCUUCGCCCCUGCUACUUUGGUCACCCCACUGGGCGCCCUCAGCGUACUAGUCAGCGCGGUGCUGUCGUCGUACUUUCUGACCGAGCGUUUGAACCUUCACGGCAAGCUGGGAUGUCUGCUGAGCGUGCUGGGUUCUACCACUAUGGUCAUCCACGCCCCCAAGGAGGAGGAAAUAAGCAGCCUGGAGAGCAUGGCGGAGAAACUGGUUGACCCAGGCUUCUUCGUCUUCGCCGCGUUGGUGGUGACCGUAGUCCUGACGUUGAUCCUAGCGGUGGCGCCUCGCCACGGCCACACCAACAUCCUGGUCUACAUCAGCAUCUGCUCGCUCAUCGGCUCUCUGUCGGUGUCGUGCGUCAAAGGCUUGGGCAUCGCCAUCAAGGAGGCGCUGGGCGGCGUCAACGUAGCGCGCGUCCCUCUUUUCUGGCUCCUCCUUUUAGGCUUGGUGUCUUGCGUGGGGACGCAGAUCAACUUCCUCAACAAGGCCUUGGACAUUUUCAACACCUCGCUGGUGACGCCCAUCUACUACGUCUUCUUCACCACGUCGGUGCUCACCUGCUCGGCGGCGCUCUUCAAGGAGUGGCGGCGCAUGGACGCGGCUGACGUCAUCGGCACUCUGGCCGGUUUCCUCACCAUAGUGGUGGGUAUAUUCCUCUUGCACGCAUUCAAGGACGUCAGCGUCAGUUUGGCCCAGCUCGUCGCCACCGUGCGGAAGGAGCAGAGAAACGGCGGCGCCACCGCAUACCCCGAAGCUAACGGGACGUACCAACUCCUGCGGAACGGCGGGGACGCAGACGAAGAGCGCGACAUGCCGUUCGACGCGGUUUCUAGGCGAAACGGGAACUUGGCAUCGUAG